AUGAGCGAUCUGUGGCUCUGCAGGGGGGAGACUAUGCCGAUCUCUUUUUCCGAGGGGGGCUGCUUAAGGACAACAGGUGAACAGGCGGAGCUCCUGAACCGUCAGAGCUAUGGCGUCCAGACGCUCCAGGCAACUCAUGCCAUCUGCGGUACGCCUAGGCGCAUUUCCAAGCGGGUAUUACCCCAGCAACUUUGGCAGAGCAGGUACAUGUAUACCAUGAUAGGUGAUGUUCAACUACUACAAUCACUCUUGUCUUAUGUGGUUCUUGUGCCAUCACACUCAUUCAAACUGCAUACGACCCUGGCAUAUAUAGCUGGUCAGUUCAGCCUGUUUGUACUACUCCCCUUCAUGUUCUCUCUUCUUUCCCAAGAAGAAUUAUCAUAUGUUACAUCCCUAACACCUCCGCCACCCAACCACCUCUCACUACUCGACACUGGAGCUCUCGUCAAGCCCUUCACGCCUUUUGGUACACUAGGCCCGACCGUAACACCUCAUCCUUGGUUGCGUCUCCUACCUGCCAUUCUUCUCAAGGCAGACAACUACUGGGUUGCCCGGGAUUGUGUAAGAGGACCAGCAGCAAGCGCUAGAACAUCUGAUAUCCAAGGAAACUGUCAAGUGCUUGCUUUCCCGGGGUGUCUCGUGGCUGCCUGUUUGCGAUGA